AUGUCCAACUUCCUCAAGAUGGCCAGUCUCUUGAUCAAAAUCAGCAUCGCAGCCACCGCCCUCCUCGCAAUCCUCUUCCAGAUCUACCUCAAAGAAGCAAUAUGGCUUGGUUUCGGCAUAAACAGGACUAUCCAGCCCCUCAGCGAAUUCCCCUAUCGAUGCCGUAAAAUUGUGCAUCGUCAGCUGGAAGCUUGCGAAGACAUGUACUUAUCCCAGUCAACACGCCAAUUGUUCCUCGCGUGUUCAGAUCCAAUUGCACGAAAACAAUGGCAACCAAAUGUUGGGUAUCGCAAUAUUUCGGGUCGGUCGCAUCGUGACGCUAUCGUUGCGCUGGAUAUCGAUAAGCCGAUUGAUAACGGCUUUACCUUUCGCGCGCUGAGAACACCUGAUUUCGAGGGUACUUCUGGUGAUGGACUGAUCAACCUCGCUGGCUUCUCAGGCGUCGAGCAAAAAAAUGGCGAUAUUGAUUUGUUUCUCGUCAACCUGCGACCUUCGAUUGACGUAGACGGAAACCUGGCAGAUCAACAUGUUCAUGGUGGAAAUGCCACAAUCGAGCACUUUGUUACCGGCCCCCAAGCCACGGAGAUGAAGCAUGUUUGGACUUAUGUUCACCAUGGAAUUACCACUCCGAACCGUGUUGCGGCACUGAGUGACAAGUCAUUUUAUAUCAGCAAUGAUCACGGUCCUCAUAAAAUUGGCUGGCGGCAUCAUUUGUCCAUGAUUCUAGGCUUCUCCGACGUGACAUUCUGCGAUACUCAAAACUGUAGACCCGUUGCACCAAACCUCCAAUUCCCAAACGGUCUCGUCAUAAAAGACAACAUCCUCUAUCUCCCGGACUCUAUCACAGGUCGUUUAUACAUCUACCGCAUCCUUCCCAACAAAGACCUCGAAAGGAUCGACGAAGUUAAUCUAGGCUAUGGUGUUGAUAAUGCAUCGAUCGAUGAGAAUGGUGAUAUCUGGAUCGCUGCAUUUCCUAUCGGCGUUGAGAUCUUUAAGGCGUAUGAUGAUCCGUACCAUGCUCACCCGCCUAGUGCUGUAUUGAGAGCUAGGAAAAUUGAGGGAGAGUAUGUUGUCGAGAAAAUACUUGAGGAUGCGGAGGGGGAGGUUUUGCCGGCUGCAACGACGGUUGUGCAUGAUACCAAGACUGGAAGGCUUUUCUUGAGCAGCGUCAUUUCACCGUUUAUCGCUGUUUGCGAACCGAAGUUGUAG